GAGACAAGAUGGCGGACGCCCCACAGUUCCCCUCCCCUGACGGGUGACUGCGCGCGCAUCUUUCCGCCACCGCCUCCCCUCCCACCUUCCCGGGGUGCUGCGCGCGCACCUAAGGCCGGGGCCCCGGGGCCGGUCCGCAAGGCUGUCGGCGCGCGCCCAUAGACAGACUGAGCAGAGCCAGACUGGCCGUCGCUGGGCCCCGGCGUGUCUCCUCUCCCCUCCCGCCCUUCUGCGCACGCGUACCCGAGCCAGCGAGCGAGCCCUGAGAGGACGGACCCAGGUGUGAUUCCCCUGAUUCCCCUCAGUACGGCGGCACCGUGGAAGUUCAGACCUUCACGGGGGGUGUGGUCUCAGCUCACACAGGUGCUCCAGAGGCCGGUGAACCUGAGCGGAGGCUGGGACGCCCUGGUGGGCCCCGGGCCCUGGAAGACGGGUCCCGGUGGCCGGUGGCCCAGAAUGAGGCCAGCUCCCAGCAUGCCCUGCAGCCGGACGCCAGCCCCUCGGCCAGCAGCAGUGGUGACGACCCAGUCAUUCUUCAGGCAUCCAACGAGGGGCCUGAGAGUGGGACCAUGCAGAGCAGCCCCUCCCCUGCUCACCCUCAGCUCCCAAUCCUGCAGACACAGAUGGUGUCGGACGGCAUGACAGGCAGCAAUCCUGUGUCCCCUGCCUCAUCCAGUUCCCCAGCCUCUAGUGGGGCAGGUGGCCUCUCUCCCCAGCACCUAGCUCAAGAUUCUUCUCUGGAUGGACCUCCAGGCCCCCCAGAUGGUGCCACAGUAUCACUGGAGGGGCUCAGCUUACCGCAAGCUGCUGACCUGGUUAACAAGGGCCCAAAGUGGGAGAAGAGCCAUGCCGAAAUCGCAGAGCAGGCCAAGCAUGAGGCUGAGAUUGAGACUCGGAUUGCUGAGCUCCGGAAAGAGGGUUUCUGGUCGCUGAAGAGGCUGCCUAAAGUGCCAGAACCCCCCCGCCCCAAAGGCCACUGGGACUAUCUGUGUGAGGAAAUGCAGUGGCUCUCUGCAGACUUUGCUCAGGAGCGUCGUUGGAAACGGGGUGUAGCCCGUAAGGUAGUGCGCAUGGUGAUCCGGCACCACGAGGAGCAGCGACAGAAAGAAGAGCGGGCCCGGAGGGAGGAGCAAGCCAAGCUGCGCCGGAUUGCCUCCGCCAUGGCCAAGGACGUCAGGCAGUUCUGGAGCAACGUGGAGAAGGUGGUGCAAUUCAAGCAGCAGUCUCGGCUUGAAGAGAAGCGCAAAAAAGCUCUGGAUCUGCACUUAGACUUCAUCGUAGGGCAAACUGAAAAGUAUUCGGACCUUCUGUCGCAGAGCCUCAACCAACCGCUAGCCUCCAGCAAAGCUGGCUCCUCCCCUUGCCUUGGCUCUUCCCACACUGGCUCGGCUGCCUCCAGCCCACCACCGCCUGCUUCUCGGCUGGAUGACGAAGAUGGGGACUUCCAACCCCAAGAGGAGGAAGAGGAUGAUGAAGAGACAAUUGAGGUUGAAGAACAACAGGAAGGCAAUGACGCAGAGACCCAGAGGCGUGAGAUUGAGCUGCUUCGACGUGAGGGAGAAUUGCCACUGGAAGAGCUGCUCCGUUCCCUGCCCCCUCAGCUGCUAGGAGGGCCUUCCAGUCCCUCACAGACCCCCUCAUCUCAUGAUAGUGAUACCCGAGAUGAGCCUGAAGAAGGUGGUGAAGAAGAGCCCUCUCAGGUUUUGAAGGGGAAGCCCCCACCCUCAUCAGUCACCCAGCGCAACAAACAGCCUUGGCAUCCGGAUGAAGAUGAUGAAGAGUUUACUGCCAAUGAAGAUGAAGCGGAGGAUGAAGAGGACACCAUAGCAGCUGAGGAGCAGUUGGAAGGGGAAGUGGAUCAUGCCAUGGAGCUGAGCGAGUUGGCUCGAGAAGGGGAGCUAUCUAUGGAGGAGCUACUGCAGCUGUAUGCAGGGGCGUAUGCCUCUGAUACCUCAGCCGCCGGUUCUGGGAGCAGUGAAGAGGAAGAGGAAGAAGAGGAGGUUGAGCCUAACACCUCUGACUGUGAACCAGAGGAAGGCACAGAAGCUGAAGAGGCGCCUCAAGAGAAUAGUAGCAGUCAGUCAGACUCUGCUGAGGAGCAGAGCGAGGAUGAGGAAGAUGAGCACUCAGAGGAGGAAGAAACAACUGUGAGUUCAGAAUCAGAGGAAUCAGAGUCUGAGGAUUCUGAGGAGGCCCAAUCACAGAGCCAAGCAGAUGAGGAAGAGGAAGAAGAUGAUGACUUCGGGGUGGAGUACCUGCUGGCCCGAGAUGAAGAACAGAAUGAGGCAGAUGGGGGCAGUGGUCCUCCUACCCCAGGACCCACCACCACUCUAGGCCCUAAGAAAGAAAUUACUGACAUUGCUGCAGCUGCUGAAAGUCUCCAGCCCAAGGGUUACACCUUGGCCACUACCCAGGUGAAGACGCCUAUCCCCCUGCUGCUGCGGGGCCAGCUCCGGGAAUACCAACACAUUGGACUGGACUGGCUGGUUACUAUGUAUGAGAAGAAGCUUAAUGGCAUUCUGGCUGAUGAGAUGGGACUGGGCAAGACGAUCCAGACCAUCUCCCUGCUUGCCCACUUGGCCUGUGAGAAAGGUAACUGGGGACCCCAUUUGAUCAUCGUCCCCACCAGUGUGAUGUUGAACUGGGAAAUGGAGCUGAAACGAUGGUGCCCCAGCUUUAAAAUCCUCACUUAUUAUGGAGCCCAGAAAGAGAGGAAGCUCAAGCGGCAGGGCUGGACCAAGCCCAAUGCCUUCCACGUGUGUAUCACGUCUUACAAGCUGGUGCUGCAGGACCACCAGGCCUUCCGCCGCAAGAACUGGCGCUAUCUUAUUCUGGAUGAGGCUCAGAACAUCAAGAACUUCAAGUCACAGCGCUGGCAGUCACUGCUCAAUUUCAACAGCCAGAGGCGCCUGCUCCUGACAGGGACUCCCUUGCAGAACAGCCUCAUGGAACUAUGGUCCUUGAUGCACUUUUUGAUGCCUCAUGUCUUCCAGUCUCAUCGAGAGUUCAAGGAGUGGUUCUCUAACCCUUUAACUGGCAUGAUUGAGGGCAGCCAAGAGUAUAAUGAAGGGCUAGUCAAACGCCUGCACAAGGUUUUGCGGCCCUUUUUGCUACGCCGAGUUAAGGUGGAUGUUGAGAAGCAGAUGCCCAAAAAGUAUGAGCAUGUUAUCCGUUGCCGGCUUUCUAAGCGCCAACGCUGUCUCUACGAUGACUUCAUGGCACAGACUACAACCAAGGAGACACUAGCUACAGGCCAUUUCAUGAGUGUCAUCAACAUUUUGAUGCAACUUCGGAAAGUCUGCAAUCAUCCAAACUUGUUUGACCCUCGGCCUGUCACCUCCCCUUUCAUUACCCCAGGCAUCUGCUUCAGCACCGCCUCUCUGGUGCUGCAGGCCACUGAUGUCCACCCUCUCCAGCGGAUAGAUAUGGGUCUGUUUGACCUUAUUGGCCUGGAGGGUCGCGUCUCUCGAUACGAGGCUGACACCUUUCUGCCCCGACACCGACUCUCCCGCCGGGUACUUCUAGAGGUGGCUACUGCUCCAGACCCCCCACCCCGGCCCAAGCCAGUCAAAAUGAAGGUCAACAGGAUGCUGCAGCCAGUGCCCAAGCAAGAAGGCCGGACAGUGGUGGUGGUGAACAGCCCACGGACGCCCCUGGGCCCUGUCCCAGUCCGACCCCCUUCAGGCCCUGAGCUCUCAGCCCAGCUCACCCCUGGCUCAACCCCCCCGGUGCUGCCAGCGCCACUGAUGGUGUCGGCCUCAACCACUGGGUCCCCGCUUAUUCCAGCAUCCCGGCCCCCUGGCCCUCUUCUGUUGCCCCCGCUGCAGCCAAACAGUGGUCCCCUCCCCCAGGUGUUGCCAUCUCCCUUGGGAGUCCUGGGUGGAACCUCACGGCCUCCCACACCAACCCUAUCCUUAAAGCCAGCUCCGCCUGCUCCAGUUCGCCUCAGCCCAGCCCCACCCCCAGGCUCCUCCAGUCUGUUGAAGCCCCUCACAGUGCCACCGGGCUACACCUUUCCUCCUGCUGCUGCCACCACCACUUCUGCCACCACAGCCACUGCCACUACCACAGCAGUGCCAGCUCCAACUCCUGCGCCACAGCGCCUCAUCUUGACUCCUGAUAUGCAGGCUCGCCUGCCGUCAGGUGAAGUGGUCAGCAUCGGACAGUUGGCCUCACUGGCACAACGUCCAGUGGCUAGCACAGGGGGAAGCAAACCUCUGACCUUCCAAAUCCAGGGCAACAAGCUGACUUUGACUGGUGCCCAGGUGCGCCAGCUUGCUGUGGGGCAGCCCCGCCCGCUGCAAAUGCCACCAACCAUGGUGAAUAAUACAGGCGUGGUGAAGAUUGUAGUGAGACAGGCCCCUCGGGAUGGACUGACUCCUGUUCCUCCAUUGGCCCCAGCGCCCCGGCCUCCCAGCUCUGGGCUUCCAGCUGUGUUGACUCCACGUCCCACAUUAACCCCUGGCCGGCUACCCACACCUGCUCUGGGUACUUCCCGGGCCCCUAUAUCCACGCCCACUCUGGUGAGGCCCCUUCUCAAGCUGGUCCACAGCCCUUCGCCUGAAGUCACUGCUUCAGCACCCGGAGCUGCUCCCUUGACCAUCUCUUCUCCUCUUCCUGUGCCGUCCUCACUCCCUGGGCCAGCUUCUUCUCCAAUGCCAGUUCCCAACUCCUCUCCACUUGCUAGUCCUGUGUCCUCUACGGUCCCGGUCCCAGCCCCAGUCUCGUCUUCACUCCCCAUCUCUGUCUCUACCACACUUCCUGCCUCAGCCUCAGCUCCGCUUACCAUUCCCAUCUCAGCCUCCUUACCGGCUUCAGCUUCGGGCCCGGCUCUGUUGACCACUGUGACUCCAACGCUGGCACCUGUUGUCUCAGCGGUUCCCGGAUCCCCCUCUUUGGCUCCAGCUGGGGCUUCCCCAUCAGCAUCAGCCUUGACUCUAGGUUUGGCCACAGCUCCGUCCCUGUCCCCAUCUCAGGCACCUGGUCACCCUCUGUUGUUGGCUCCCACCUCUUCACAUGUUCCAGGGUUGAACUCAACUGUGGCCCCAGCAUGCUCACCCGUCCUGGUGCCAGCUUCAGCUCUGGCCAAUCCUUUUCCGGCAGCGCCAAACCCAGCUCCAGCUCAGGCUUCCCUUCUGGCUCCAGCACCUUCUACAUCUCAGACCCUGGCCACCUCUCUGGCUCCCAUGGCGGCUCCACAGACAGCAAUCUUGGCUCCUUCUCCAGCUCCUUCUCUGGCUCCUCUUCCAGUCCUGGCUUCAUCACAGACUCCAGUUCCAGUCCUGGCUCCAUCAUCUACUCCAGGAACCCCUUUAGUCUCAACUUCUUCACUGGUGCCAGCCCCAACUCCUGUGUUGGCUUCGUCGUCAGCUCAGACUAUGGUAUCAGCCCCAGUUCCACCACCUCUUCCAAGCCUGGCUUCUACACAGACACUGGCCCUAGCCCCAGCUUUAGCAUCCACUCUUAGCGGCUCGUCUCCAUCUCAGACACACUCUUUGGGAACAGGAAACCCUCAGGGGGCCUUUCCAGCUCAGACAUUGUCAUUGACUCCAGCAUCAUCCCUUGUACCAGCUCCAGCACAGACACUCUCUUUGGCACCAGGGCCACCACUGGGUCCAACUCAGACGCUGUCUCUAGCUGCAGCACCCACUUUGGCUCCAGCUUCUCCAGUGGGCUUGUCCCCAGCUCACACACUGACUUUGGCUCCAGCGUCGUCAUCUGCUUCACUCCUGGCCCCAGCAUCAGUGCAAACACUGGCCUUGAGCCCUACCCAAGUUCCUGUGCCUACCCUGGGCCCAGCUGCAGCCUCAACACAGGCCCCAACUUCCCAGCCAUCUUCCCUUGUGGCUUCGACAUCUGGCUCUGCUCCGUUUCCUGUCACCAUGGUAUCCCGGCUGCCUGUUCCAAAGGAUGAGCCUGAGACACUGACGUUGCGCUCUGGCCCCCCCAGCCCACCCUCCACUGCUACCUCGUUCACUGGCCCUCGGCCUCGACGCCAGCCCCCACCACCACCUCGUUCCCCUUUCUAUCUGGAUUCUCUGGAGGAAAAGAGGAAGCGACAGCGAUCUGAACGUCUGGAACGGAUUUUCCAACUUAGCGAGGCUCAUGGGGCCCUGGCACCCGUGUAUGGGACUGAAGUCCUGGAUUUCUGUACCCUGCCCCAACCUGUUGCCAGCCCCAUCGGUCCUCAUGCUCCUGGCCCCAACCACCCCACCUUUUGGACUUUUACCGAGGCUGCCCGCAGGGCUGUACUGUUUCCCCAGCAACGACUAGACCAGCUGUCAGAAAUCAUUGAGAGGUUCAUCUUUGUCAUGCCUCCUGUGGAGGCACCUGCCCCUUCCCUGCAUGCCUGCCAUCCACCCCCUUGGCUGGCCCCACGUCAGGCAGCCUUCCAGGAGCAACUGGCUUGUGAGCUCUGGCCACGGGCUCGUCCUUUACACCGUAUUGUGUGCAACAUGCGCACCCAGUUCCCUGACUUGAGGCUCAUCCAGUAUGAUUGCGGAAAGUUGCAAACGUUGGCAGUGCUGCUGAGGCAGCUCAAGGCAGAGGGCCACCGGGUGCUCAUUUUCACUCAGAUGACCCGAAUGCUGGAUGUACUAGAGCAGUUCCUUACUUACCAUGGCCACCUCUACUUACGUCUGGAUGGGUCUACUCGAGUUGAGCAGAGACAGGCCUUGAUGGAACGAUUCAAUGCAGACAAACGCAUAUUCUGCUUCAUCCUUUCAACUCGGAGUGGAGGUGUGGGCGUAAACCUGACAGGAGCAGACACUGUUGUCUUUUAUGACAGUGACUGGAAUCCCACCAUGGAUGCUCAGGCCCAGGAUCGCUGUCACCGAAUUGGCCAGACCCGAGAUGUCCACAUCUAUAGGCUUAUCAGUGAACGGACAGUGGAGGAGAACAUCCUUAAAAAGGCAAAUCAGAAGAGAAUGUUGGGAGAUAUGGCCAUUGAGGGAGGCAACUUCACCACAGCCUAUUUUAAACAGCAGACCAUCCGAGAGCUGUUUGAUAUGCCCCUGGAGGAGCCAUCUAACUCAUCCAUACCCUCUGCCCCUGAAGAGGAGGAAGAGGCUGUGGCUAACAAGCAGACCCAUAUCCUGGAGCAGGCGUUGUGUCGGGCAGAGGAUGAAGAAGAUAUCCGUGCGGCCACUCAGGCCAAAGCUGAACAGGUGGCCGAGCUUGCGGAAUUCAAUGAAAAUGAUGGGUUUCCUGCUGGCGAGGGAGAAGAGGCCAGUCGGCCUGGGGCUGAGGAUGAGGAGAUGUCCCGGGCUGAGCAGGAAAUUGCUGCCCUUGUAGAACAGCUGACUCCCAUUGAGCGCUAUGCCAUGAAAUUCCUGGAAGCCUCGCUGGAGGAAGUGAGCCGUGAGGAACUCAAACAGGCGGAAGAGCAAGUGGAAGCUGCCCGCAAGGACCUGGACCAAGCCAAGGAAGAGGUGUUCCGCCUACCCCAAGAGGAGGAGGAGGGGCCAGGGGCUGGGGAUGAGGCUUCCUGUGGGACAGGUGGAGGCAGCCACCGGCGCAGUAAGAAGAUCAAGGCUCCUGAGAGGCCGGGAACCCGAGUCAGUGAGCGUCUUCGUGGAGCCCGGGCUGAGACUCAAGGGGCAAACCACACUCCCGUCACACCUACCCAACAUACCCACAGUACCUCCACACCCCCCCGCAGCAGCCCUGCUAGGGAGCGAACUCCCCGGCUGGCACCUAGGCCUCGACCCACUCCAGCUCCUGCUAUCCCAGUCCCCACCCCAGUCCCCAUUUCGUCCCCAAAUCCAGUAACCAUUCUUCCUGUCCAUAUCUUGCCUCCUCCUCCACCUCUUCCUCCUUCCCAGAUUCCUCCCUCUUGUUGUUCUCCUGCCUGCACUCCUCCUCCUGCCUGUACCCCCUCACCAGCUCAUACACCCCCACCAGCCCAUACCCCUCUUUUAACUCCUUCCUCCCCUCUUCUGCUUGGUCCAUCUUCUGUGCCUAUUUCCCCCCCAGGCACCAACCUCCCCUUGGGUUUGGGGCCUGAGGCAGAGUUGUGUGCACAAGCGUUGGCAUCUCCUGAGUCCCUGGAGCUCACUGGCAUGGCCAGUUCUGAGGCUUCCCCGCUCGCUCUUGUGUCCCCCAAGGAUCUGUUGCCAGUUGCUGCUGAGGUCCUGCCCAUGUCAGAGAAGAACCUUUCUCUCACUCCUCCUGCACCUAGCCUAACCCUGGAGUCUGGCAGCAUCCUCAAUGGUCAAGAACAGGAGGUGCAAGAACCUGCCCAGGGGACAGUUCUCACAGUGCUGCCUGAUGGGGAGGAGGUACCUGUGUGUCUGAGUGAGAGCAAUGGAGUGGAGCUCCCACCCUCAGCAGCAUCUGAUGAGCCACUUCAGGAGCCACUGGAGGCUGUCAGGAACUCUGAAGAGCUGGUAGAGGCCCAGACCCCAACCUCCAGCCCAGAGAAGCUGCAGGAACUUGUUACAGCAGAGGUCACAGCCCCAUCAACCUCAUCCUCAGCCACCUCCUCCCCUGAGGGUCCUUCACCUGCCCGGCCACCUCGCCGUCGCACCAGUGCUGAUGUAGAAAUUCGGGGUCAGGGUGCUGGUUGUCCAGGGCAGCCUCCAGGCCCCAAAGUGCUUCGCAAGCUGCCAGGACGGCUAGUAACUGUGGUAGAGGAGAAGGAGCUGGUGAGGCGACGGCGACAGCAACGGGGAACUGCCAGCACCCCGGCACCUGUGGUUUCUGAGACGGGUGCGAGCCUGGGGAGCCCAUCCACGUGCAGCACGUCAGGGCAGGAAUCUUCACCUCCCACCAGUGGGCCCUGCGAAGCUUCUCCGCCAUCCACGCUGCCCACCCAAACCCAGCAACCCUUCAUAGCUCGUCGUCGCAUUGAGUUGGGGGUGACUGGUGGAGGCAGCCCAGAGAAUGGAGAAAGGGAGCUGCUUGCCAUUACCCCACCUGCUGUGAAGCGCCGGAGAGGGAGGCCCCCCAAAAAAAACAGGUCUCCGGCAGAUUCUGGGCAAGGGGUGGAUGAAAUACCCUCAUCCACCUCUAAGGGAAAAACCAAUGGGGCUGACCCAGUCCCUGGGGCGAAGACCCUCAUUGUUGCAGAACCUGUUGUAGGACCCCAGCUUAUUCCUGGGCCCCACCCUCUUGGACCCCAGUCAAUUCACAAACCCGAGCCCAUCAUCUUGUCACCUGUGGAGAAAAGAAGGCGUGGGAGGCCUCCUAAGGCACGAGAUUUGCCCAUCCCUGGGACCAUUUCUUCACCAGGGGAUGGCAACUUAGAGAGCCGGACACAGCCACUCCCAUUACCACCACCCUUGCCAUCCUUCCCACCACUCCUAGCCUGUCCCGCUACUGUCACCAACACUGUCACCACCGUCACCAUUUCAACGUCCCCACCCAAGCGCAAGCGAGGCCGACCUCCCAAGAAUCCGCCAUCACCUCGGCCCAGUCAGCUCCCUGUCUUGGACCGUGACAGCUCUUCUGUUCUUGAGAGCUGUGGACUAGGAAGGCAGCAGCAACUCCAGGGCCAGGGGGACAGUGAAGGCAGUUCUUCUGAUGAAGAUGGAGGCCGCCCCCUCACCCGCCUGGCCCGUCUGCGACUUGAAGCAGAGGGAAUGCGGGGACGAAAGAGUGAAGGGUCCAUGGUGGUGGCUGUAAUUCAGGAUGACCUGGAUUUAGUGGAGAGUGGGCCAGGCGGGUUGGAAUUGACUCCUCCUGUGGUCUCGUUAGCCCCAAAACUGCGCUCGACCCGGCUGCGUCCAGGGUCUCUAGUCCCCCCGCUAGAGACUGAGAAGGUGCCUCGCAAACGGGCAGGGGCUCCAGUUGGUGGGGGUCCUGGGCAGGCAAAGCGAGGCCGUCCUCAGCCCCUGAGCCCCCUGGGGCCUGAGGAUUCUGUGGAGGAGUCUGAGGCUGAAGCCUCAGGUGAGGAGGAGGAAGAGGAUGGGACCCCACGCCGCAAGCCUGGCCCCCGCCGGCUUGGUGGGACCAACCAAGGGGACCAGCGCAUCUUGCGCAGCAGUGCCCCUCCCCACCUGGCUGGCCCUACCAUUAGUCACAGAGGCCGCAAGGCCAAGACGUGAGUGGGAUGCCCCUCCACCUAGGCUUCCCACCAUGGCCCCUCUUCCCCCACAACCAGGCCUGACUCUGUUAACCACUACUUGAAGUCUUGAGGGGGAAAGCCUCCAGGGAGACUUAAGGGCCUUCUCCCUUCUUUCCACCAAAGUAGGGGGUAGGCAACUGGUUGUCAUGGAAAUACGGCUCUUCACCCCCUCUUCCCUUCCACCCCACAUGGUUGGGCAGUGUUAAGGGUGGCAAGAUAGUCUCUGUCCCCACCCCCUUGUACUUGAUUUUCCAGCUAUCUUUCCUAGCCUCCCACCCUUAGGGGAAGGGGGAGGGGCUUCUCUACAAUGAGGUUUUUUUUUUUUUUUUUUUUUUAAA